AGUUCUUGACCGAUGGUUGUGAGGUAUAUACAAAAAGGGGCUCUAUUUAUCUAUGUCAGUGUACAAAAUUUCUUUUACUGAAACUUAAAAUGUAACAUAUCAUUAUGAACGUGUUUUUUAUAUUUAGUUGAUUUAUGUAAAAGUGUUACUUCGUAAUUGGUAAAAGGAUACACCAUCACCCUCAAUUUCGAACAUGACAUCCGGGGGGCUGCGGAAUGAUACAUACAGCGAUGACAAUUUCUCGGAUGACGAGAGCUCCCCUCUCACCGAAAACAUUUAUGGAGGAAGCACCCGGACUGUGCAAGAGACCAAAGGAUGGGACGUGUUCAGAGACCCCCCGAUCAAGGAAGAGUCGGGUUCGAUGGCGAACCAAAAAUGCCUCGAAAUCACCGUCAAAAUCCUCAAAAUCGUAGCGUACCUCGUAACCUUCGUGAUAGUCCUCGGCUCGGGCGUCAUCUCCAAAGGCACGCUCCUCUUCAUGACAUCCCAGCUCAAACCCGACAAAGUCACCGUGUUCUGUAACCGGGACCUGGGCCGCGAGAAACAAUUCAUCGUCAAGCUCCCAUCGGCCGAGCGCGUGGCCUGGAUGUGGUGCUUGAUCUUCGCCUUCUGGGUGCCCCAGCUCGGCUCCCUGUUCCGCUCCUCCAGGAUGUGCUUCUUCAAAUCGUCCAAAAAGCCCGCCUUCUCCCACUUCCUCAUCGUCUUCUUCACCGAAACGCUCCACACCGUCGGCAUCGCCCUCCUGAUAUUCUACAUUCUGCCGGACUUGGACGUGGUCAAAGGGGCCAUGCUGACCAACUGCAUUUGCUUCGUCCCGGGGGUUUUGGGCUUGCUGUCCCGCAGCAACAAGGAAUCGCAGAGGUUCCUCAAAGUGAUAAUCGAUUUGUUCGCAAUUGCGGCGCAAGCCACGGGCUUCGUCGUCUGGCCCAUAAUUGAGCAAAGGGCCGACCUCUGGAUCAUCCCAAUUGCCAUCUUCCUGGUCUCGCUCGGCUGGUGGGAGAACUACAUUUCCAGGCACUCCCCCAUCCCCUUUAUCAAAAAACUGGGCAAAAUCAAGGAGAACCUCGAGCAGAGUCGCUACUUCAUCUACAUGUUCGUCUCAGUCUGGAAAUGUCUACUGUUCUUUGUCUCCGUCUUGUUCAUCCUCUUGGUCAAAGAAGGAGAAGUCGCGUUCUUUUUCACCCAGUUUUCCGAAGGCUUCAGCACCCACCAAAUCCAGGUCCUGGAGAUCAAGCCCGUGCUAGGCGGGACGGCGCUUCCCGACAUUUCCGAGAUUAUCCCAACUGGGGACGACACCACAAUGGACUCAAACGACAUGACUGCGAUUUACGUCCUCCUUAUCAACAUUUUCGCCUCGUAUUUCGCCUACAUUUUCGGGAAAUUCGCUUGCAAGAUCAUGAUCCAGGGCUUUUCGUACGCUUUCCCCGUAAAUUUAACAAUCCCAGUCUCGAUUUCGCUGCUGAUCGCGGCUUGCGGGCUCCGCAACGGCGAUCCCUGUUUCUUCCACGACACCAUCCCUCCGUACCUCUUCUUCGAGAGUCCACCGGUCGUGUUUUUGAACGACUUCAUCUCGCACCAACACGCCUGGAUCUGGCUGCUGUGGUUGCUGUCCCAAACGUGGAUCACGUUGCACAUUUGGACCCCGAAAUGCGAGCGUUUGGCUCGGACUGAGAAACUUUUCGUCACCCCGAUGUACGAGGGGCUGCUCAUUGAUCAAAGUUUGGGGAUGAAUCGGAGGCGCGACGAUGAGGCUGAUGUCAAGACUGAGGACUUGGACGAGAUCCAGAAGGAAAAAGGGGAUGAGUAUUACGAGACCAUUUCUAACCACACGGACGCUUCCUCGGCCAAAGCGGUCAAAAACUCCGACCAUAUCACACGGAUUUAUGCCUGCGCGACCAUGUGGCACGAGAAUAAGGAGGAAAUGAUGGAGUUUUUGAAGUCGAUUUUGCGACUGGAUGAAGACCAGUCUGCCAGAAGGGUGGCUCAGAAGUACCUCCGGGUGGUCGAUCCGGAUUAUUACGAAUUCGAAACUCAUAUAUUUUUCGACGACGCGUUCGAAAUCUCCGACCACAACGACGACGAAACGCAAGUCAACCGCUUCGUCAAGCUUUUGGUGGCGACCAUCGACGAAGCGGCGUCCGACGUGCACCAGACGCACAUGCGCAUCCGUCCCCCUAAGAAAAUCCCGACCCCGUACGGGGGUCGUCUGGUGUGGACGCUCCCCGGGAAAACGAAAAUGAUCGCCCAUUUGAAGGACAAGAUGAAGAUAAGGCACCGGAAGCGGUGGUCGCAAGUCAUGUACAUGUACUACCUCCUGGGGCACCGGCUCAUGGAACUGCCAAUUUCCGUGGACAGGAAAGCCGUGAUCGCCGAAAACACGUACCUGCUCACGCUUGACGGCGACAUCGAUUUCCAGCCUUCGGCAGUAUUGCUUUUGAUUGAUUUGAUGAAAAAGAACCGGAACCUGGGGGCUGCCUGUGGACGCAUCCAUCCGGUGGGCUCGGGACCUAUGGUGUGGUACCAAAUGUUUGAGUACGCCAUUGGGCAUUGGCUGCAAAAGGCCACCGAGCAUGUUAUCGGCUGUGUGCUUUGUAGUCCCGGUUGUUUCUCGCUUUUUAGGGGAAAAGCGCUGAUGGAUGAUAACGUUAUGAAGAAAUACACCACUUCCUCGUCGGAAGCCAGGCAUUACGUGCAAUAUGAUCAGGGAGAAGAUCGUUGGUUGUGCACUUUGUUGCUCCAAAGGGGCUACCGAGUCGAAUAUUCGGCCGCGUCAGACGCCUACACCCAUGCACCUGAAGGUUUCAACGAGUUCUACAACCAGCGGAGGAGAUGGGUGCCUUCGACCAUCGCCAAUAUCAUGGACUUGCUCAUGGAUUCAAAACGAACGAUCGAAAUUAACGACAACAUUUCCAUGCCUUACAUUGGCUACCAAAUUCUUUUGAUGGGUGGGACCAUCCUGGGCCCCGGCACCAUCUUCCUCAUGUUGGUGGGUGCCUUCGUGGCCGCGUUCCAAAUCGACAACUGGACGAGUUUCUACUACAACAUCAUCCCGAUCCUCUUCUUCAUGCUGGUGUGUUUCACGUGCAAAUCCAACAUUCAACUAAUCGUCGCCCAAAUCUUAUCAACCGGAUACGCUCUGAUAAUGAUGGCGGUAAUAGUGGGUACAGCGCUUCAGUUACGCGAGGACGGGGUCGGUUCCCCCUCUGCGAUAUUUUUAAUAGCAAUGACUGGGUCAUUUUUCAUCGCUGCUUGUCUCCACCCGCAAGAAUUUUGGUGCAUUGUCCCUGGAAUUAUCUAUCUGCUGUCGAUUCCCUCCAUGUAUUUGCUACUGAUUUUGUACUCCAUUAUCAAUCUUAACGUCGUAUCUUGGGGUACUCGUGAAGUCGCGGUGAAGAAAACGAAGAAAGAACUAGAGGAAGAGAAGAAACAGGCCGAGGAGGCCAAACGAAAAGCGAAGCAAAAGUCGCUGCUUGGGUUCCUCCAAAGUGGGGGCACUAGUGACGAUGAUGAGGGAAGUAUCGAGAUUUCCUUAGCCGGGCUUUUCAAAUGCAUGUUGUGCACGCAUCAGAAGGCCGGCGAUGAAAAAGCGUCCCUGAUCAACAUUGCCGACUCGUUGGAAAUGCUCAACAAGCGCCUGGACCACAUUGAGAAGACCAUUGACCCCUCCGGUCACAUUUCGAGGAGAAGGAGCAUGUCGGCGUCGUCAAGAGGUGACCACCACCACCUUGGAGCCGUGACUGAGGAAGGGGGCGACGAAUCAGCCAAUGAGACUGAUUCGGAAACGGUGUCCACAGUCCCACAAAACAAGCGCGAUGACCUGGUCAAUCCCUACUGGAUUGAAGACCCCGAUGUGAGAAAGGGCGAAGUGGAGUUCUUGAGCAGCACCGAAAUCCUCUUCUGGAAGGAUCUACUCGAUAAGUACUUGUACCCCAUUGACGAGAACAAGGAGGAGAAGGCCAGGAUUGCAAAGGAGUUGAUCGAACUCCGAAAUAAGUCGGUUUUUGCGUUCUUCAUGUUCAAUGCUCUCUUUGUCUUAGUCGUCUUCCUGUUGCAACUUAAUAAGGAUCAGAUCCACGUUAAGUGGCCGCUAGGUGUACGAACUAACAUUACGUAUAUUGAGGAAACGUCCGAGGUCCACAUUAGCAAAGAGUACCUCCAAUUGGAACCGAUCGGUCUAGUCUUUGUCUUCUUCUUCGCCCUUAUUUUGGUGAUCCAGUUCGUUGCAAUGUUGUUCCAUCGAUUCGGAACAAUCGCCCACAUUUUGGCCUCGACAGAGCUCAACUUGUGUUGCACCAAGAAAAAGGAGGAAUUGUCCCCGAACGCACUACUCGACAAACAAGCCGUGGAAAUCGUCAAACAGCUGCAAAAACUGCAAGGCAUUGACGACGGCGACUACGAGAACGACUCGGGCUCAGGCCCGGACCGCAUCGGCCGCCGCAAAACCAUCCACAACUUGGAGCGCGCGGCUCAGAAGAAGCGCCAAAUCGGAACUCUGGAUGUGGCUUUCAAGAAGCGAUUCGCUAAACUUAACGCCAAUGGGACGAACGCCGGGACUCCGGUCCUGAGUCGAAGACUGACCAUGAGGAGAGAGACGAUGAAAGCGCUCGAAGUCAGGGUGAACUCGGUGAUGGCCGAAAGGCGCAAAUCACACAUGCAAACACUAGGUGCCAAAAAUGAGUACGGGAAUAAUAAUGUGGUGGCGAGGAAUCACAGGAACAGUGUCGCUAGCAGCAUUCCGGCCAAGGAUGUGUUCGAAAAUGGACAUGUGAACAAGGCGUUCGAAGAGGACAAUUAUGACCAUCGCAGGAACUCGCUACAAAUGCAACAAAGAAACAACGUUACCUGGAAAAGCAGCAAUAGCAGGAUGUGAAGCACUGCCAAACGACUUUGUAAUACUCUUCAAAUACUGCCUUUUUCACUAAUGAUAAGCUCAAUUUUUAAGUAAAGACAGGUUUUUGCCCUUACGCUAUUAUUACUUUUAUUUAUUGUGAGGUAUUGUGAUAUUUAAGACAAUAAAGUAUUUUAUAAAACGG